GCUCAGAUGUACACUGACAGAACUAUCACCAUCUUUCAUCGGAUAAGUUUCAAUUGUCAGCAUACGGAUUUACUAACAGUAUUUCUUAAAACAAACUUGCAAGACUUCACAACAACAACUUCUCAACAAUAUCUACUGAGCAUAUAUCUAUCAUGGAACUCACUAUAACGCUUUUGAACGGGAACUCACUUCCCCUGACAGUUCCGCCACACACCACCGUGGGGUCUCUCAAGAGUUUGAUUCAACAACACUUUGAAGUGGCCACAACAAAGCAGAGGCUGUUAGGCGUCAAUGGGAACAACAUCAGUCUCAGCGAUGAUUCAAAAACUUUGAGCGACUAUGGCCUGCAUUCAGGAUCUAAAGUGAUGGUGCUGAUUACGGAGCCCGCUCCUAUCCAGGUGUUCCUGAAAAACGAAAAGGGCCAGACACACACAUAUGAUGUGGUGCCUGGUGAGACUGUAACCCAGUUCAAAGCCAAGGUACAAAACAAGGAGGCAGUCCCUGCCAACCAACAGAGGCUGAUUCAUGAGGGUAGGCAGCUCGAGGAUGGCCAGAGGCUGGAGAACUACAACAUCAGAAAUCAAAGCACCAUCUAUCUGACGCUCCGUCUAAGGGAGGCUGAAGAAACCCAGUAUCGACCUGAAACCACCUGUCACAUGAAGCCCUUAACUUAUUAUGCAUUCCAUGUCUAUAGAGAAAAAGCAAUCAAUCUUGAACAAAAAUGUGAAUUGUCCUACAUUUGUAAUCAAUUGUAAACUUUAAAUUAAGCAUGGCUGAUAUAGGCGUAUAUAAAUGAGAUUGUUAUCAAGUAAUAAACAUGUAUAAAACUAAAA